GGACGAAGGGGUUUGGCCACAGUCCCUGAAGCUCUCAGGUGGUGGGGCUUCUGUGAACAGGCACAUCCCUUAUGCAUGUGUGAUUGUGUGCUUGUGUGCUUGUGUGGUUGGGGGUCCUUCCUGGAGGAGGCACCUAGGUUGAGGGCCCCAGGCUGGGAAUGGGGUGGGGCCUGUCGUCAAGGAAGAUAACUCAGCCCUGGAGGUUUCCGUGAGAGCUCCAGUCACAGGAGCCACAAGAUAAGAAGAGUGUGGCUGCAGAAGCCAGGUGGCAGGCCUUUCCUCAGGCCCCUUACUCCUGACCUGGACGAGGCUGGGGCUUCCUCACGGAGGUAGGAGGUAUCCUGGCCAGCAGCGCAGCCAGAAGCUCUAGGAGGAAGGUGCUGUGGUCGGGGACUCUGCUGCCCUAGACAUGAUUUCAUUUCCUUCCAUGCAGAUGGCUGGGCUCUCUGACCGCCACCCCUGCCCGCCUGCCCGGCCCUGCACAACAUGCGGCCCCCGGGCCUUGAGGGUCCCGGCACAUUUGGUCGGUGGCCUCUGCUGAGUCCGCUGCUCCUGCUCCUGCUGCUGCUGCUCCAGCCUGUAACCUGCGCCUACACCACGCCGGGCGCCCCCAGAGCCCUCACCACACUGGGCGUCCCCAGAGCCCACACCAUGCCAAGCAUCUACGCUCCCUCGACCACACUCGGUAGUCCCAGCACCCAGGGCCUGCGAGAGCAGGCACGGGCCCUGAUGCGGGACUUCCCGCUCGUGGACGGCCACAACGACCUGCCCCUGGUCCUGAGGCAGGUUUACCAGAAAGGGCUACAGGAUGUUAACCUGCGCAAUUUCAGCUACGGCCAGACCAGCCUGGACAGGCUUAGAGAUGGCCUCGUGGGCGCCCAGUUCUGGUCAGCCUACGUUCCAUGCCAGACCCAGGACCGGGAUGCCCUGCGCCUCACCCUGGAGCAGAUUGACCUCAUUCGCCGCAUGUGUGCCUCCUAUUCUGAGCUGGAGCUUGUGACCUCGGCUAAAGCUCUGAAUGACACCCAGAAAUUGGCCUGCCUCAUCGGUGUGGAGGGUGGCCACUCGCUGGACAAUAGCCUCUCCAUCUUACGUACCUUCUACAUGCUGGGAGUGCGCUACCUGACGCUCACCCACACCUGCAACACACCCUGGGCAGAGAGCUCAGCUAAGGGCGUCCACUCCUUCUACAACAACAUCAGCGGGCUGACUGGCUUUGGUGAGAAGGUGGUGGCAGAAAUGAACCGCCUGGGCAUGAUGGUAGACUUGUCCCACGUCUCAGAUGCUGUGGCACGGCGGGCCCUGGAAGUAUCACAGGCACCUGUGAUCUUCUCCCACUCGGCUGCUCGGGGUGUGUGCAACAAUGCUCGGAAUGUUCCUGAUGACAUCCUGCAGCUUCUGAAGAAGAAUGGUGGCAUCGUGAUGGUGUCUCUGUCCAUGGGAGUAAUACAGUGCAACCCGUCAGCCAAUGUGUCCACUGUGGCAGAUCACUUCGACCACAUCAAGGCAGUCAUCGGAUCCAAGUUCAUUGGGAUUGGUGGAGAUUAUGAUGGGGCCGGCAAAUUCCCUCAGGGGCUGGAGGACGUGUCCACAUACCCGGUCCUGAUAGAGGAGUUGCUGAGUCGUGGCUGGAGUGAGGAAGAGCUUCAGGGUGUCCUUCGUGGAAACCUGCUGCGGGUCUUCAGUCAAGUGGAAAAGGUACAGGAAGAAAACGAAUGGCGAAGCCCGUUGGAAGACAAGUUCCCGGAUGAGCAGCUGAGCAGUUCCUGCCGCUCUGACCUCUCACGUCUGCGUCAGAGACAGAGUCUGACUUCAGACCAGAAACCCACUGAGAUUCCCACACACUGGACACCCAAGUUAUCAGCCAAGUGGUCACCCUCAGAGUCCUCCCCCAAUAUGGCCCUAGUCUUCAUAGUUGUGGUCACCUUCCUGGUCCUUAUUCUGGGGCUCUGAUGACCCAGUUAGUCCUGCCAGAUGUUACUGUAGCAAGCCACAGACACCCCACAAAUUUCCCCUGUUUUGCAGGCACAAAUAUUUCCUGAAAAUAAAUGUUUUGUACAUAGAACCA